GUGCUUAACCUAAAAUAAAAUAAAAAGUAGGUGGAUGGAAUAUUUGGCGACGUAGAAGAAUCCACGAGAGAGGUGUUGUAAGAACUCAGAGGCGAUCCUAACCUGAGUUGCUGCCUGAUUCAGACUUGACACAGCCAUUUUCUCACGCGACAGGACCCGGUGGAAAUUAAGCAAUGGAACAGACAACAAAGAAAGUUACGAGUCCUACCAAGGGAUUAUUGCAAAGUGAUGAGUUGUAUCAGUAUAUCCUAGAGACCAGCGUCUACCCUCGUGAACCAGAACUUCUCAAGGAGCUAAGGGAGGUGACUGCAAGCCACCCAAGGUCCAUGAUGGGUACAGCUCCUGAUGCAGGUCAGUUAAUGGCCAUGCUGUUGAAGCUAGUAAAUGCCAAAAACACUAUUGAAAUUGGAGUUUUCACCGGAUACUCCCUUCUCCUCACUGCUCUUUCCAUUCCUGAUGAUGGCAAGAUCAUAGCAAUAGAUUUGAAUCAGGAGACAUAUGAGAUAGGGUUGCCAGUUAUUAGAAAAGCUGGGGUUGAACACAAAAUCAACUUCAUUGUGUCCGAGGCUCUACCUGUCCUUGAUAAACUGUUGGAAAACAACGAAAAUGAAGGGAGUUUUGACUUUGCUUUUGUCGAUGCUGACAAGGUUAAUUACCUUAACUAUCACGAGCGAUUGAUGAAACUGGUGAAAGUUGGUGGAAUAGUUGUCUAUGAUAACACACUCUGGGGAGGGUCGGUUGCAAUGCCUGAGGAAUCGGUUCCGGAGGGCAUGAAGCACGGUAGGCAUUUCACAAUUGAACUGAACAAAUCACUAGCAUCUGAUCCCCGCAUUUUAAUGUCUCAUGCUCCGUUAGGCGAUGGAAUCACUAUCUGUAAGCGCAUCCAAUGACUUGUACUCAUGUAAUGGCAAGAGCUAUGAAGACUAAUUUGUAGUUAAUUCAAGUGAAAUCUUUAUAUAAUUUGUGUUGCAAAUUCAAGUGAGAA